CUCCACGUGACGGCGCAGGCUCAGUUUGUACUACAAUCUGUGCGCGUACUGAGGUGACCAGUUCCGCGAAACGUGAGGUUUUCGACCCUUUUCGGGCGAUUUUACCCUUAAAAUGGCGGCAUGCAAGCGAUUUUAUGUCGGAAACUUGUCUGUCAAAGCUACAAGGGAGGACCUUAGUCACCACUUCGGCUUAGAUGCAACACCCUAUUUGCGUUCAUCUUGUUGGGUAGAACUGGCUGUUGAGAAGUCAGGGAAGUCCUUGGGUUUCGGGUUUGUCAAUGUCCCCAAACACCUUGCGGACCACCUGAUGCAUCUAAAUCAAACCAAACUUUUCGACAAGAGAAUCACCAUUGAGCCAGCAAGGGGAAAGGACACCCCACCGUCCAUGAUAACUCCAGGGGUUAUGCCUUCUCCACCUGGAGGUGUUACCGGUUAUACAGGAAGUAUGGGCGGGCGACCAAGUAGUAUCAGGGGGAUCAGAGGCAGACGCUAUGGUGGCCAGCCCAUAUCUUACGAGAAAGUUGAAAUGCCCUCUGACAAGUAUCAUGAGCUGGUUGAUAUUGCCGUCAAUCUCUCAAAUAGAAUAUUUUCACUAGAUCUGGAUUUUGUGGUUGAUCGAGCCACCAAUGCUGGCAUAAAAAAGAUGAUCCUUACUGGCAACACCAUACGCAUGUGCCAUAAUGCCGUCACCCUGGCAAGAGAUCAUCCUGGUGUCAUAUUCGGGGGAGUUGGCAUUCAUCCCCACUUUGUAGAGAAGGAAUGGAAUGAUGAUACCUAUGAGGUGAUGAGGGGGAUGAUUUCACUUCCUGAAGUGAUUGCAGUUGGAGAAGUUGGGUUGGACUUCUAUCGCAACUACUCUAAGAAGGAGGUCCAGAUUGAAGCCUUUGAGAAACAGGUUGAACUGGCAUGUGAAUUUCAGAAGCCUCUGCUUGCACAUGAGCGUAGCUCCCACAUAAAGUUUGUUGAGGUGUUGAGCAACUUCAGUGGUCGCCUACCACCCAUUGUCAUCCACUGCUUCACUGGGACAAAGGCCGAGAUGAUUGCCUAUAUAGCCAUGGGCUUCUAUAUUGGCAUCACUGGAUAUAUAUGCAAAGACACUGCUGGCAAGAAUCUGAGAGAGGCAAUAAAAGACUGUCCACUGGAUAGAAUCCUUCUUGAGAGUGAUGCACCCUACAUGAUUCCCAAUGCCUCAGGACUUGAACCUUUUCACAAGUCCCUUGUACAGAAAUGUAAGACUGGCAGGAAUGAACCAUGCACACUGCCGGUAGUUGCAUCAACCGUUGCAAAGUGUCUGGGAGUUGAGGUGGAGGAGGUGGCAAAAGCAACCACAGAAAAUGCACACCGUGUGUUUAAUUUGGUCAAGCCGGAAAUAACUGUUAAGGAUGAAGUUUGAUUUUGCUGCUGGAUGUAUUGAUUUGAUUGUGUUGCCAAAAAUUGGACACUAAGUUAGUGAUCCCAUUUGACAUGGUGAUAUUUCCAUACAAACAGGCGAUGCCAAGAUUUGUUUGUAUUCUGCGCUGUUGUUUUUUUUAUUUAACAUACUAGGAGUUCAAUGUGUUUGUUGACCCAUGCAAACGUUACUGUUAAGCUAUUAAAACAAUCAAGGUUACAAAUGUUUACUAUUAUUGGUGUACAAAAUUAUAUAAAGAAGAUUCUGAACGUGAAUUAUUUCAACAUACAAAGAUGGGAAAUUACAUGUACAUUGUAUAACGAAUAUCAAAAGAGUAAAAGGUAUAAACAAAAAAGAGUAUACAUUAAGUGAUAAUCAUAAACCGUUGAUACAAUAUAGACUAAUAAAUAAAAUAUUCUGUAAACAAUA